AUGCUGAAUCCCGAAUAUAGGGGUAAUUGAUAUACUUAUCCCUAAAAAGAAAGAAAGAAAAAAACUCACUCACUUACCCAGUGGUUGCUGCUGGUGGUGGUGGUGACUGGUGAAUUGUCUCACCAGCACAAACUUUGCUAACUUUGCUUCUUCCGAGUUCUCUCUGCAAACCGUUUUCGUCGAUCAUUUGCAGUUCAAAAUGCAAAGCAAGAAGGGAUCGAGCCAUAGACUGAGCAACAUGGCUCAUCGAUCCCGCAUAUCUUCACUUCUCAUCUCCAUGUUCGCCACUUUCGCCUCCAUCUACGUCGCCGGAAGGUUGUGGCAGGACGCACAGCACCGUGUUUAUCUCAUCAAAGAACUCGAUAGAAUCACUGGCCAGGGACAAUCUGCUAUAUCAGUGGAUGAUACAUUGAAGAUCAUAGCCUGCAGGGAACAACAUAAGAAGCUUGAAUCCCUUGAGAUGGAACUUGCUGCAGCUAGGCAGGAGGGUUUUGUUUCAAAGCCCUUGAUACAGACUAAUGGGACUUACUCUGAGAGAAGGCCCUUGGUAGUGAUGGGUAUACUAACAAAGUUUGGCCGCCAGAAGAAUAGAGAUGCAAUUCGCAGGGCAUGGAUGGGAAGUGCUUUGAAGAAAAUAGAAGAUGGAAAGGGCAUUGUUGUGCGAUUUGUUAUUGGUAGAAGUUCAAAUCGCGGGGACAGUCUGGAUAAAGAGAUUGAUCGAGAGAAUAGGCUGAAUAAUGACUUCUUAAUUCUUGAUGAUCAUGUGGAAGAAAAUGCUGGAUACCCAAAGAAGGCUAAAUUGUUCUUUGCUCAUGCUGCAGACAAAUGGGAUGCGGAGUUUUAUGCUAAAGUCAAUGAUGAUGUUUAUGUAAAUAUUGAUGCCUUGGGAGCUACACUAGCAAAUCAUUUGGACAAACCUCGGCUUUACAUUGGAUGCAUGAAAUCAGGCGAAGUUUUUUCUGAGCCGAACCAUAAAUGGUAUGAACCAGAGUGGUGGAAAUUUGGUGACAAAAAAUCAUAUUUUCGUCAUGCAUCAGGAGAGAUGUAUGUCAUAUCACGAGCUUUGGCUAAAUUCAUAUCAAUAAAUAGAUCUAUUCUUCGUUCCUAUGCCCAUGAUGAUGUGAGUGCUGGAUCCUGGUUUAUUGGGCUUGAUGUGAAACAUGUUGAUGAGGCAAAGUUUUGUUGCUCAUCUUGGUCAACAGGAGCAAUUUGCGCAGGAGUUUGAGUUGAUUCCAGUGCGUUCUUGUGAGAAGAUUACCAUCGUACCGAAGAGUCGCCCAUUGUUAAAAGGUUUUCCUAAGAUCUUUUCACCUUUAUUGGAAGCUGAGUGAUUCCUGUAGAUUUUCGCUGGAAAAUUGCUUCUAGAUUUGAAGUCUAUUCGGCAAUAUAGUUCCACUAACCUGCGACCAUAGUAAAUUUGUGGGUUGAAGGCUUACUUGCAGUUAUAUGGCAUGCAAUAUUGCAAUAUAGUACAGCUGAUAAAGAUUUGCCUUUUCAGCCAUAAUAUAAGUUCUAUCAUUUUAUAGUUGAUUCAUUCAUUCAUGGGCAUAAAGGAAGAUGGCUUUUCUUGUUGUAGAUCCAUAAAUGUUACAGUGAAAGUAUUUAUAGGAAAGGUAUUUGUACAUGGCAGUGGCAGGGAAUUUUGAGUCAUGGUGAUGCUCUAUUUAUAAGUAAACAGUUUCUGUUGACAUUA